AUGACUCUCAUCAAACAAUACAAAAAGAAAGGAAAUACUCUAAUUAGCACUAAUAUCUACUUUUUUUUUCUCUCUCUUCCCACAGACGAAGUGAGAACCGGAACUUACAGGGAACUUUUCUCUCCCCGGACACUUAUUACGGGAAAGGAAGACGCGGCCAAUAACUACGCCAGAGGACACUACACUGUCGGCAAGGAACAGCUGGAGGUCGUCCUCGACUGCAUCAGGAAGCUCCAGGAACAGUGCGUAGGAUUCCAAGGAUUCCUGGUCUUCCACUCCUUCGGUGGCGGAACCGGCUCGGGCUUCGCGUCCCUCCUGCUCGAGCAACUCUCCGUCGAGCAUGGCAAGAAGUCCAAACUGUGCUUCUCCAUCUACCCCGCUCCACAGGUAUCCACAGCUGUCGUCGAGCCAUACAACUCUAUCCUCUUCACCCACACGACCCUAGAACACUGUGAAGUCGGUUUCAUGGUAGACAACGAAGCUAUCUACGACCUGUGCCGAAAGGAACUGAACAUCACCAGACCAACUUACACCAAUCUGAACCGCUUAAUUGGCCAAGUUGUGUCCAGCAUCACAGCAUCCCUGAGGUUUGACGGCGCCCUCAACGUCGACUUGACCGAAUUCCAGACUAACUUGGUGCCGUAUCCCAGGAUCCAUUUCCCGCUGGCAACUUACGCCCCUGUGGUCUCUGCUGAUAAGGCUCAGCACGAUGACUUCAACGUGAAGGUCAUUACGGCUAAAUGUUUCGAGCCUUCGCACCAGAUGGUAAAAUGCGACCCUCAGCUGGGCAAGUACAUGGCCUGCUGCCUGCUGUUCCGCGGUGACGUCGUACCGAAGGACGUGAACCAAGCCAUCAGCGAAAUGAGGAACAAGAGGACUAUUUCCUUCGUCGACUGGUGCCCUACGGGAUUCAAGGUCGGCAUCAACUACCAGCCUCCGACGGUCGUCCCCGGCGGAGACUUGGCCAAAGUCGACCGCGCCGUCUGCGUCCUCUCCAACACCACCGCCAUCAGAUCAGCGUGGGAGAGAAUCGACCACAAAUUCGACCUGAUGUUCACCAAGCGCGCGUUCGUCCACUGGUACGUCGGCGAAGGCAUGGAGGAAGGAGAGUUCUCCGAAGCACGAGAGGAUCUGGCAGCACUGGAGAUGGAUUACAACGAAGUCGAACAGAAUCCACUCAGUGAAGCCGAAGAAGAAGAUUACUAGAACACACGCCGUAGAAGAACACAGUGAAGGAUUACUCUACGUGCCACGACUUUGUCUCUGGAUCUACGGGCUCCUUCCUGUGCCUCUGAUUCUCAUCUUUCUCUUAUCUCCUCCUUUCUAUCUGUCUCCUUCCUGUGCCUCUGAUUCUCAUCUUUCUCUUAUCUCUUCCUUUCUCUCUGUGUCCCGUCUUUCUUUCCUUCCCCCCAUCUUCCUCUCGUGAAAAUCUCUUUCCCUUCUUUCUGAUUUGUUUAACCAUGAUGUAAUGCUAUUUCAAAGCAGCUCUGAUUUAGAACACUGCCGUUCUUCCAGCUAAUAUAUCUACACCUUCUUCGUGUUUCUAGUCCCA